UUUGCUUUAAGCUAUUCUCACAUUAUUCGGUCAGUGAAAGUAGUAGGGCUUGUUUAGUCAUUCUAUUGAAGAACUGUGGGAUGACAACCUUCCCAAUACUGCUGCAUGGUUCAGGCUAAGCUUUUGCUUAUAUUCAAAAUUAUAUUUUAGAUGUGUUCCAUUGACAUUGAGGGUGAUAUAGCAUAUUUAAUUAAUAAUUAGUCUCUCAGUAGUCAUGGACGCACAAAUUCAUAUACACUGAGGAAUUGAUCAAGGCAAGCCAUGUCCCUUGCCAGAAUAUGUUAAGCACCGGUAUGCUUCAUGCGGACUUUAGUCAAUUUGCUAUUGUCUUGAACAUAUAAAUAGACAUGAAUUCUUUUCGUGAGUUACUGAACCAUGGAUUCUUUUCUCCAAUUAAUUGCCAUUGCUGUCUGUCUCUCCUUAAUCUUUUGCUGCAAGGUAUUGCUUAGAAAGGAAAAGGCUAAUGUAGGUGGCAAGACUAGAAUGGCCCCUCAACCAGAAGGUGCGUGGCCAAUUCUUGGUCACCUACACAUAUUGGGCGGCAGUGAUCAGCUUCUUUACCGAACACUUGGAGAAAUGGCUGAUAAACAUGGACCUGCAUUUACAAUCCGCCUAGGCCAUCGCCGUGCUUUUGUGGUUAGUAGCUGGGAAGUGGUAAAAGAAUGCUUCACAACUAAUGAUAAGGCACUAGCUUCACGUCCUACUACAGUAGCUGCAAAGCACAUGGGUUACAAUUAUGCUGUGUUUGGAUUUGCACCAUACAGCCCCUUCUGGCGUGAGAUGAGAAAAAUUGCAACACUUGAACUUCUCUCAAACUACAGGCUUGAGAAGCUCAAGCAUGUUCGCAUUUCUGAAGUUGACAUGGGGAUAAGAGAACUAUACAGUUUAUGCUACAACAAUGGCUCCAGUCCUGUGCUUGUUGAACUUAAACGGUGGUUUGAAGACCUGACACUUAAUGUAGUUGUUCGAAUGGUGGCUGGAAAACGUUAUUUUGGUGCUUCUGCUGUCUGUGAUGAUGGCGAGGCAAGAAGGUGUCAAAAGGCAAUAAGUCAGUUCUUUCAUUUAAUUGGUAUUUUUCUUGUUUCAGAUGCACUUCCAUUCCUUUGGUGGUUAGAUGUACAGGGGCAUGAAAAGGCAAUGAAAAAUACGGCCAAGGAGUUGGAUAAUAUACUUGAGGGCUGGCUCAAGGAGCAUCGUCAGAGAAGGAUUUCUGGUGGAAUAAAGGCUGAAGGGGAGCAGGACUUCAUUGAUGUAAUGUUGUCCCUUCAGGAAGAAGGUCACCUCUCGAAUUUUCAGUAUGAUGCAGAUACGAGUAUCAAGUCUACCUGCCUGGCACUUAUCCUUGGUGGCAGUGAUACGACUGCAGGGACACUGACAUGGGCCAUAUCCUUACUUCUGAAUAAUAGUGAGAUGUUGAAGAAGGCUCAAGAGGAAUUAGACCUCCAGGUUGGCCGGGAAAGACCAGUUGAUGAGUCAGAUAUUAAAAAUCUUGUGUAUCUUCAAGCCAUCAUCAAAGAAACCCUACGCCUUUAUCCAGCUGGUCCUCUAUUGGGACCCCGGGAAGCCAUGAACGACUGCACCAUUGCUGGCUAUCAUGUCCCAGCAGGCACCCGCUUGGUUGUAAAUGUGUGGAAAAUUCAAAGAGAUCCAAGGGUGUGGUCAAAUCCAUCUGCAUUCUUACCAGAGAGAUUUCUCACGAGCCAUGCUGAUAUUGAUAUUAGAGGUCAACAAUUUGAACUUAUUCCUUUUGGCUCGGGAAGACGGUCAUGCCCUGGUGCUUCAUUUGCUCUCCAACUUCUUCAUCUGACACUUGCUCGUUUUCUUCAUGCAUUUGAACUGGCAACUCCUUUGAAUCAACCCGUGGACAUGACGGAGAGCCCAGGUUUAACCAUUCCAAAAGCCACCCCAUUGGAGGUUCAACUUAAGCCGCGUCUCCCAGCUAAUGUCUAUGCCUAAUAAGCUGGGUUUGGAGGGUGGUUGAAGAUGUAACUCAAGUGAAAUAAGACCAACUAUAAUGGAACCUUUUAGUUGAUAUCAUGAUAUGUUCUGUUAUGUUUUACACUUUCUUAUUUCUAUUAACAAAGCAUCGUCUUUUACUUAUAAAAUCUUAAAUUCUAAGAUCUCCUCUUUGUGAUGCUUUUGGUCUAAGACUUAAUUAGGACAACUGAGAAAAGACUGAAACUCGGAUGACAUAAAAUAGUAUCCCAAGGUGGGAAAGAAAUCCAAGAGGAUCAUGCCUUCAUGGUAAUUUGGUUUAUGAUCUAGGUAUUUCAAAGGCCAUUUGGUAC